AUGAGUGCAAAUGGCAACAUCGAACAUCUACACGGGGACCUCAGUCGAUUCUUAAGAGCGUUCUUGGCCCAGGCACGUUUCGGCACAGUGACAUCUACUCUCUGGAACGAGCUUCAAAGAAAACUUGUCUCGGCCCUGCCCUCUGAAAGCGCGCAAACGAUAACAAGUGCUCUCCAUGCACUGCACAAGGAGCGCGGAUGCACCUCUUGCGCAGAGUGGUCAGCAUUGAAGCACACGGUUAAUGACACCCUUCAGCACUGUGAGAGAUCACAACUAGUACAUAGUCUACAAGAGAAGGGGCUUAGCAACAAUGGCGAAGAUUCUUCAAAGCUGACUCCGAAAAAAAGAGCGGCACCAGGUGAUGAUUCUUUUUCUCUGCAGCCUCGAAAACGAAAACCUGACAACUCGAACAAGAGUAUUCUCCGAGAUGAUGUUGUAAUUGUUUCAGAUGACGAUGAGACCGUGGCCCCAAGAAAGUUGUAUGGGGAGACAUUCUGCAUUCUUAGAUCAGAAGCAAACAUUCACAACAAAAAGCAUACAGUGGCGUUGGACGAGAUAGUCACAGCUGGCGCCGAUUUCACGGUAGUAUGCAACUACAACUUCGAUGUUUCGUGGAUGUGGGAAGCCGCGCCGGCUUUGCAGACGAGUAGAAAGGUGCUGAUCGUCCAUGGUGAGACGCCAGAGGAAGAGAGGGACUGGAAAUCCUUCAUUAAUGGAGUUGGGGCUUCAGAACGAGUGCGGUUUGUACGACCAAGAACACCGCCGUACGGCACAGUCCAUUCAAAGAUGUUUCUCCAGUUUUUCCCCAAUGGAUGCCGCAUUUGUAUCCACACAGCAAACAUGGUUCCAAGAGACUGGUACUACAAAGUUCAGGGUGCGUACGUCCGUGACUUUCCGCUUAUCAAUCAAGGUACAGAUUUAUCAGACUCACACGUCAAUAUGCAAUCUCCUACUGACGAAGAUGACUUCAAGACGCAACUCGACAGAUACUUCCGACAUGCCCUGGUGGGUGAUGCCAAGGAAGAAGUCACCCGAAGUAUUGCGAAGUAUGAUUUCUCGUCUGCAGGUGUUGCUCUGAUUGCAUCUGUGCCUGGUGUGCAUAAAGGCCCAGCAAAGAUGCAUUUCGGACAUGCCCGGUUGAGAGAGCUUCUGAAAAGUGAAGCGUUUACCCCGGAGGACUCAGGGUCCGUUGCUGUUUGCCAAUUCAGCUCAUUGGGCUCGAUACAACAAAAAUGGUUAGAAGAGGAGUUCAAGGAGACUCUUUUCUCGGAAGCAGCAGGUCCUUCGUCUCAGCCCGCCAACGCGCACAGUACAGAAAUUAAGCUUGUAUAUCCGACUGCCAAACAGGUACAAGAGUCGAUUGAGGGAAAAGUGGCUGGUGCAUCUAUUCCGGUCCGUGGCAAAAACCUUCAUCGGGGGCACAUCGUGAACAAAUUGCAUCGCUGGCAAGGUAAGCAUAGUGGAUACGAACGAGCUAUGCCGCACAUCAAAACUGUUCUCCGGUAUCCAGUUUCCCGGCCGCAGUCGCCGUUCUGGGUUUUCCUUGGUAGUUUCAACCUGAGUGUGGCUGCGUGGGGCCGCAUGCAGGGGGGCAAAAAAGGAAAAAAGGUGUGGGAUAGGCUGAACCUUUUAGCCUACGAAGUGGGAGUUCUUUUCACUGCAGGCCUUGCUUGCCCCCCAAACCAUUCUGUGGACGCCUCAAUCAAGUACGCGAGGCUAACUGCAUCUGAGGUCGCAUUUUGGAGGCAAGCUAAAAGGGACAGGCGUCUCAAUCUCAGGGCUAGCACCUUCGGAGAAUCCGCUGGCCAGAAUGAUAACAUGCCGAGCAACGACGGAGCGAAAGUGGUUCUUAACUUACCAAUCCCAUACCAACUUCCUCCAGCACCAUACAGUGAUGCUGACACUCCAUGGAUUGUUGACUACUUAAUGAUGUGA